AUGGGCCUUACACAACAUCACCCUUUUGAUCCUCUCACCGGAGAUGAGAUCGCUGUUGCAGUGGAGGUUAUUCGCAACUAUCACUCUGGUAAACUACUCUUCAAUGCCGUCUCUCUUCAUGAGCCUCGAAAGGCGGAGAUGCUGAGAUGGCUUGAACAUCCCUCUGAUGGAAACAAGCCUGCGAGAAUUGCAGAUGUCACUGUCAUUCUUCCUGAUGGUAUGGUCUAUGAUGGUCUUGUAGAUCUUAAGACGAGAAAGGUGAAGAAAUGGGACAAGCUGGAUGGCCUUCAACCUAUUAUCACACCCGAAGAACUCUGCCUUGUCGAGGCCAUCAUGCGCAAAGACCCAAAGGUCAUCGAGCAGUGUGAGCUCUCUGGCAUUCCCAAGUCAGACAUGCACAAAGUCUACUGCGACCCAUGGACCAUUGGCUACGAUGAACGCUUUGGAAGCAAUGUGCGUCUCCAGCAGGCCCUCAUGUACUACCGUCCAGACCCGGAUUGUUUCCAGUAUCAGUACCCUCUUGACUUUUGUCCCAUCUACGACGCAGCCAAGGAAGCCAUCAUCCACAUUGACGUCCCUAGUGUGCGUCGACCUUUGAGCAAGCAGAAGGCUAUUGACUACACCCCUCGGUACAUCAAUGAGAAUGGUGGCUACAGGAAGGACAUCAAGCCUAUCAACAUCACCCAGCCAGAGGGUGUCUCUUUCACUAUGAACGGCCGCGUCUUGUCGUGGCAGAACUUCAAGUUCCACAUUGGCUUCAACUACAAGGAGGGAAUCGUGCUGAACCACAUCACCUUCACAGACAAGGGCAUCGAGAGACCUAUUUUCUACCGCUUAUCCCUCUCUGAGAUGGUCGUUCCAUAUGGUGCGCCUGAGCAUCCCCAUCAGCGCAAGCAUGCUUUUGAUCUUGGAGAAUACGGUGCAGGAUACAUGGCCAACUCCCUGGCUCUUGGUUGCGACUGCAAAGGAGUCAUCCACUACCUAGACGCCGACUUUGCUCAGCGCGAUGGCUCUAUUCGCACUAUCAAGAAUGCCAUCUGUAUCCACGAAGAAGACAACGGCAUUCUCUUCAAGCACACCGACUUCCGCGAUGACUCUGUUACUGUCACACGCGCCCGCAAGCUCAUCGUGCAGCAAAUCUUCACAGCGGCAAACUACGAAUAUGCCUGCCAAUGGGUGUUCCACCAAGACGGCACCAUCCAGCCCGAGAUCAAGCUCACUGGUAUCCUCAACACAUAUGCUCUCAACGAGGGUGAGGACGCCGGACCUUGGGGGACAGAGGUGUAUCCCCAGGUCAACGCCCACAACCACCAGCAUCUCUUCUGUUUACGUGUGAACCCUAUGAUCGAUGGUGUGAAUAAUACUGUCAAUAUGGUCGAUACUGUUGCCAGCGAAGCACCCGUCGGCAGCGCGCAGAAUAAAUACGGUAACGCGUUCUACGCCAAGAAGACCAAGUUGCGCACCAGCGGCGAGGCAAAGACUGAUUACAACGGUGCUACGAGCCGAACUUGGGAGAUGGUCAAUGAGAGCAAACUGCACCCUUACUCCAAGAAGUCAGCCUCUUACAAGCUGGUUAGCAGAGAGGUUCCAGGUCUUCUCCCCAAAGAGGGUUCACUAGUUUGGAAGCGUGCUGGCUUUGCUCGUCACGCUGUGCACGUCACUCCUUAUCGAGACGACGAACUUUGGGCCGCGGGUCGUCACGUCCCCCAGACCUCAGGCGAGCCCUCCCAAGGACUCCCUGAAUGGGUCGCCGACGGGACAUCCAAGACGGAAAACACCGACAUCGUGCUCUGGCACACUUUUGGCGUGACACACAUCCCUGCGCCUGAAGACUUCCCCAUUAUGCCUGUGGAGCCCAUGACGCUGCUACUGCGGCCGCGAAACUUCUUCACAAAUAACCCUUGCAUGGAUGUGCCGCCUAGCUAUUCCAUUACCCCAACGCAGGUGGCUGAGCAGAAGGGUGCUCUGGAUCAGCAUGAUAAGGUUAGUCAGUUGGCAUUUGGUGGCAGUUGUUGCUCCGGAAAUGCGGCUGCGAGGUUGUAG